UUGUAGUAAUCCUUGCAGUGCGCUAUGAACAUGUCAUAGGAGAAAGAAGAGUGUUUUACGUGUACACAUUAUAAAAAAAUAUUAUAAUAUACAUAAAUUAUUGCUAGGGCAAUAAGAAUAUAUAGAUUUUCGUUUCAUAAGACUUAAUUAGAGAAGAUUUUUAAAAAGAAGGAAAAAAUAUGGCAACCGACAAAAAUUCUUGGGGAACUAUAGCCUUUCGAGAAGGUGUAAUAGCAAAACUUGAUGAAGCUGUACAAAUGUCAGGCAUACCUACAGCAAUGAAUAGCUUUGAGAUGGAAAGCCAUGUUUUUCAAAAGGCGACAAGCAAGGAGGAAUAUUUAACCUUUAUCGCAAGGCUUAUCUUCCAUAUCAGAGAAAUACAUUCUAAAAAAGGAACUGGAAAUAUAGCACCUGGUAAUACUGGAAGUGGAGGUCAAGGUAUGCCAGAUCUGAUUGAUGCAUUGCAAACUUUAGCAAUACAGGGAACAGGUAAUAAUCAAAUGAUUGGGAUGGGUGGACUUGGGCCUAAUCCGCAAGGAAACAAAUUUAUUAACUAUCGGUAAAUAAUUUUAGUACAAAAAUUUGGAGAUUUCUUUUCAAAACAUCGCCGAUAAAAUAGAACAGUCAACAUAUAUAGCUAUAUUAUAUAUUUAGUUGAUCUUUAUACAAAAAUGUUUUUUAUAUUUGAAUAUAUAGAUGUAUGUAUUAUUAUUAACUUAACCUAUAUGUUAAUUAUAAUCGAAAAAGAUCAAUUUUGUGUUAAAGAUUUAUGAUGUUUUGAUUUAAUGUAAAAUAGAAUACAAUAAUAUAUAGUUAAUUUCAAGAAGAUAUAAAAAUGUCAAAUUUGAAUAAUUUGGCCAAAAGAAUUUAGAAAUAGCAGUUAUGCGACGUGGGCAACCUAUGCAGGUCCUCUUUUAAUUUAAUUAAUUUAAUUAACUUUUAGAUAUGACAUAAUAAUACUUUAUAUCUUAUAAUGUUACAAAUUAAUAUUAUCUUAUUAAUAUAGAUGUUAGACAGUGACACUAUAGGAGAAUAUGUGACAGAGAUUGAGAAAGAAAAAGAGGCAGAAGCUGAAAAGAAAACACAAAAAAAGUGAUGUACUUGUGUCCAAAUCCAGUACUAUUAUAUUAUAUGAAUGUUUCUCAUAAAAUAAAUAUUGUGCAAAUAGGCAAAAAA